AUGAGCGCCGAGCAGAGCAGACCAAGUGGCAAAGAGAAAUCAGCAAAGAAAGCAGUGCAGUGUCUCCCACAGUUGCCUCAGACAAGGUCUAAGCCAUUGUGGCAGCAGACUUGUCCUUCAUUCCAUCUGAGGAAAGAACAGAAAGAUGACGAAUCAGAUGAUUUUACUGCAAAAAAAGUGUAUUUACCUGGAAAAUAUUUGGAGACAAGACGUAAGAGACGCAAGAUUCAGGAUUCUGCAGACAGUGAAGUGGUUGCUGGACCAUCAACUUCUAAGCUGCAGAAAAGCAGCCAUCUGAAGAAAGGCGAGCAUUUUAGAAGUGCCCUUGUUAACAUUAUAUUGCAGGAAGAGGGUUCUGAGAAGCAGCUUCCAUCCCUUGAUGGAACCCAGCCUCCAGGAACAGAUUCUUCUCUAGCAGCAGAGAAAGAUAUUUUGAAAUACUACUAUUACAUUCACCAUGGAAUUGAUACAGAAAAUGUGGCCCCAAUGGAGAAAUCAUGGCUAGAUCAUGUCUUAGCUUUAAUUCCACCACGUCUGAAAGUGCUUGAGGAAAGUGUACAUUUGCUGUCUGAUGAAAUGAAAGAAGACUAUCUUUUGAGUGUAAAAAAGUCUAUAGUUGACUUUGUUUUAAGAGACCCCAGGGAAAAAGAUGAAGACAAGAAGAAAGGUUUUCUCCCACCUCAUCGUGCAGAAAUUGAAGUGGUGCCAAAACCUUGGAACAAAUCUUUCUUGUCAGCAUACAGUUACAUAAAAGAAAAUUUGCAUGCAGUAAAUCCUACAAUACUAGCAGUUCUACAUUUGUGGGAGACUUCAUUUAGAGAUUUACGCCUUAUUGAUACGGAAAUAUUUCGCAAUAAACAGGGAGCUGCGGAACUCUCGUCUUUCCAGAUUAAAGCCAUGAGGGAAAUAGGAAAUUCCAAAGUGAUUCUGUCUAGGAAGUGGUUUCCAGAAGUGCAGAAUAUCUUUUACCAAGGUAAUCGGAAAAAGCAAAUACCCAGCAGUACCAACAGUGCUGCGUUCGCAUCUUUCUUCAGUUGUGCUGCCACUUUAAUGACUCGUCAGCUGGAAAGCUUACUAUUGUAUUCAAUUCAGGACUUCACAGAUUUAAUCGUUCAGCCUGCAAAAUCAGUCCUCGCCUACGAACAUCCAGGUUUCAUCCUGAGGUUAAUUCUUGAGGAUGACUGCAUUAAAUUUGAACCUAGCUUCAGUAACUGUGAGGAUAUAUUACUGAAUGUUUAUACUGUUAUGAUUAAAGCUCUCAGUGACAUACCAAGAGUUGAGACCAAAUUAUUUUCUAAAUGGCCUAAAGAUGAUGCUGCAAAAGUUUUGAAGCCUGUUAUCCUGGAUGAAGUCUUAGAUGAACACAGGAAGAGGAUCAGAGAGGAAAUUAUCAAAGAAAGUGCUGCGCCAAUGGAACAUCUCAAGCUUUAUGAUAAGUACAGCUUGUUGGUGAAGAAACAAGCUGAUCGGGACAUUGAGAAGUUCCUGGCACAGAAACAUACUUUUGAGGAAAUAACAAGGGAGAUUACUAAGUACCAGGAACUCAGUAAGGAAAUACAAUAUACAUCUAGAAAGUACCUCCGUCUAGGAAUGUUUGAGCUGCAUUGCGAUGAACUGAUAAAUGCUUUGGCAAACAGGGCAGAUAACAUUUGUGGAAAAAUUAUUACCAAAAUGUUUAAAGAUUAUCAAGAUGUGAUCCUGAGACUCUGUGAUGAGUUUGAGAGAAUAUCAGAAAAAGCCCUUUCUACUCCAUCAAAUACACAUGAACUAAUGGAAUUUAAGGCCUAUAUACAAAAGGUAGAAAGAAGUGAUAUGCCUGAAUUGGAACAGAAAUUAGUGGAUGCUGUACACUGUCUUGCUUUCUUGAUCGACUAUGUCAACCUUUCACCAGCAGACACGCGACUCAACAAUAGUGUUUUUCAGUGGUAUGCUCGAAUGCCAGAUAUCUUUGAAGAGCACAGAAAGAUAAUUGAAGAAAAAACAGAACAAUUCCAAGAAGGUCUUAAGCUACGUUGCCAGCGGUUUGUGGAGGAGCUGGAAAGUUGUGCAAAACAAGUUGAAGAACUGUUCACAUUUGGAGACAUUCAGGAAGUCAAAAGAUACUUGAAGAAAGCUCAAGCGUUAAAUGCAAAGUUGGAUCUUGCUGCUGAUAAGAUUGAUCAGUUUAAUGCAGAAGAAGAGGCCUUUGGAUGGCCAGUAUCUUACUACCCUCAGCGUAAAAAGGUCCAGGAUACUCUCGCUCCGUAUCUUCGUCUUUACGAUAUGACUGUGGAAUUCAACAGAAAACACCAAGACUGGACGGAGGGUUCACUUACGAAAGUGAAUCCCGAUGAAGUAGAGUCAGAUGUAGGAAACUACUGGCGUGGACUAUAUAAACUGGAAAGAACCUUCCAUGAUUCCCCGAAUGCAUUAUCAAUAACAACAAAAAUUAAAACUAAAGUAGAAGAAUUCAAAAACCACAUUCCUCUUAUCCAGGUGAUUUGCAAUCCUGGUUUGCAAGAAAGGCACUGGGAAGAGAUGUCAAAAAUUGCUGGUUUCUCACUAUCUCCUUCUGAAUACUCAAAUGUCUUGUCAUAUAUUAAUUUGCAUCUUGAACCAUUCUUAGAAAAGUUUGAGACCAUCAGCGAAACAGCCAGCAAAGAACAUUCACUUGAGAAAGCUUUAGUGAAGAUGAUUUCUGAAUGGGAUCAAAUGGAAUUCUCUGUUCUUGCCUAUAGAGAAACAGGAACUCAUAUUUUGUCAUCUGUAGAUGAUAUUCAGAUGUUACUGGAUGAUCACAUUGUCAAAACUCAGACUAUGAGAGGAUCUCCAUUCAUUAAACACUAUGAGACAAGAAUAAGGGAAUGGGAAGGAAAGCUGAUGUUGGUACAGGAGAUCCUGGAUGAAUGGCUGAAAGUUCAGGCUACUUGGCUUUAUUUGGAGCCAAUUUUCAGUUCUCCUGACAUCAUGGCUCAGAUGCCUGAGGAAAGUAGACGAUUCACUACUGUGGAUAAAACAUGGAAAGAUGUCAUGAAGUCAGUUUUGCAGGACAAACAUGUGCUGGCAGUUGUAACAAUAGAGAAGAUGCUGGAAAAACUGAAAAAAUGCAAUGAAUUUCUGGAGCUAAUUCUCAAAGGACUUAAUGAAUAUCUAGAAAAGAAGCGCUUGUAUUUCCCCAGAUUCUUUUUUUUAUCUAAUGAUGAGCUCCUUGAGAUUCUUUCAGAGACCAAAGAUCCUACCCGAGUACAACCUCACUUGAAAAAGUGUUUUGAAGGAAUUGCAAGAGUGCAAUUUACUGAUACACUAGAUAUUACACACAUCAAAAGUAGUGAAGGGGAGACUGUGCAACUCACGGGGACGAUCUCAACAUCUAAAGCUAGAGGUCAGGUUGAGAAGUGGCUGGUUGAGCUGGAGGCAGCUAUGCUGAGUUCUAUCCACAAGGUCAUUGGGGAUGCAAUUGAAGCUUAUCCAAAAACUCCACGUGUUAACUGGGUAAGAGAGUGGCCUGGACAAACCGUCCUUUGCGUGUCCCAGACUUUCUGGACAAUGCAGGUACAGAUGUCUAUCAAGAAAGGCCAAACGGCACUUGAGGAUUUUCUGGAACAGAAUAAUAAACAGAUUGAGGACAUUGUCACCUUGGUACGAGGAAAGCUGUCUAAGCAGAAUCGAGUGACUCUAGGAGCACUUGUUGUGCUUGAUGUUCAUGCUAGGGAUGUUCUUGCAUCUCUAGUAAGCAAGAAAGUCAAAGACGAAAGUGACUUUGAAUGGUUAAGUCAGCUCAGGUACUACUGGCAGGAAGGACAUCUACAAACAAAGAUGAUCAAUGCUGGAUUGAUGUAUGGAUAUGAAUAUCUUGGCAACACCCCUAGACUGGUUAUUACUCCACUUACAGACAGAUGCUACAGAACCCUAUUUGGUGCGCUUCACCUACAUCUUGGAGGUGCCCCUGAAGGUCCUGCUGGAACUGGAAAAACGGAAACUACUAAAGAUUUAGCGAAGGCUGUAGCUAAGCAGUGUGUGGUUUUCAAUUGUUCCGAUGGACUGGAUUACAUUGCAUUAGGAAAAUUCUUUAAGGGGUUGUUGUCAUGUGGAGCAUGGGCUUGCUUUGAUGAGUUCAACAGGAUUGAUUUGGAAGUACUCUCUGUGGUUGCUCAACAGAUUCUUACCAUCCAAAGAGGCAUUAAUUCAGGUGCAGAAUUAAUAGUGUUUGAAGGAACUGAAUUGCAGCUGAACCCUACAUGUGCUGUCUUCAUUACCAUGAAUCCUGGUUACGCUGGGCGUUCAGAGCUGCCUGAUAAUCUUAAGGCUCUCUUCAGAACAGUAGCUAUGAUGGUUCCUGAUUAUGCCAUGAUUGCAGAGAUAGUGCUGUAUUCUUGUGGCUUUGUGACUGCUCGACCUCUGUCUGUAAAGAUUGUAGCCACGUAUCGCCUGUGUUCAGAGCAGUUGUCCUCUCAGCACCACUACGAUUACGGAAUGAGAGCGGUGAAGUCAGUCCUUACUGCAGCUGGCAACCUCAAGCUAAAAUAUCCACUGGAAGAUGAAGAAAUUCUGCUGCUUAGAUCCAUUAUAGAUGUAAACCUGCCUAAAUUCUUGUCUCAUGAUCUACCACUUUUUGAGGGUAUUACCUCUGAUCUGUUCCCUGGUGUGAAGCUACCAAAACCAGACUACAAUGACUUAUUAGAAGCCAUCAAAACAAACUGCGACGCUAUGAAUCUGCAAAUGACCGAUGUGUUUGCUAUGAAGAUCCUGCAGAUAUAUGAGAUGAUGAUUGUGCGUCACGGCUUUAUGAUAGUUGGAGAGCCCUUUGGGGGAAAGACGUGCGCCUACCGCGUUCUGGCAAGAGCACUGGGGGACAUAUGUGAGAAGGGGCUGAUGGAAGAAAACAAGGUUCAGAUCACUGUUUUAAAUCCGAAGUCUAUAACAAUGGGUCAGCUGUAUGGACAGUUUGAUCCAGUCUCACAUGAAUGGUCAGAUGGCAUCCUGGCAGUGAGCUUCCGAGCAUUCGCUUCUUCUCCAACCCCAGACAGGAAGUGGCUGAUUUUUGAUGGACCUGUGGAUGCAGUAUGGAUUGAAAAUAUGAAUACUGUGCUUGAUGAUAACAAAAAGCUGUGCCUUAUGAGUGGAGAGAUCAUCCAGAUGUCACAGCAAAUGAGCCUUAUUUUUGAACCAAUGGAUUUAGAAGUUGCUUCUCCUGCUACUGUUUCAAGAUGUGGUAUGGUCUAUAUGGAGCCCCACAUGUUAGGCUGGAGACCACUACUGUUGUCUUGGCUAAAUGUCAUGCAUCCAGGAGUAACCUCUGAGCAUAAAGAGUUCAUAGUAGGCCUGUUUGACAGAAUGGCUCCACUUUCUCUUGAGUUUAUUAGGAAAUGCACGAAGGAAUUGUCUCCUACUUCAGAUACAAACUUAGUUCGAUCACUGAUGAAUCUGAUGGACUGCAUGAUGGAUGAAUUUGCUGAUGAAGCCAAAAUUAAAGCUAUGAGUGACCAUGAUGUUUACUCUUGGCUUGAGGGUAUUUUCAUAUUUUCCCUCAUAUGGUCUAUUGGAGCUAGCUGUAAGGAGGAUGAUAGACUGAAAUUUGACAAAGUUCUGCGAGAAAUGCUUCAUGGACCAAUUAGUGAGGAGACGAGAGAAAGAUAUAAAUUGUUGAGUAGCAUCGAUCAACAGCCUGCAAAAGCUUUUACAGUCCCGUUUCCAAAAGAAGGAACAAUUUAUGAUUAUCGGUUUGUCAAAAAGGGAGCAGGAAUUUGGGAACCCUGGGUGGAAACACUAAAGUCAGCUCCUCCUAUACCACGAGAUAUGAUGUUUAAUGAAAUAAUUGUACCAACUCUGGAUACUGUUCGAUAUAUGGCAUUGAUGGAAUUGUUGACAGUGCAUCAAAAGCCUUCCAUAUUUGUGGGGCCAACAGGAACUGGAAAGAGUACCUAUAUUAUUAAUUUUCUUCUAAAUAAUUUGAAUAAAGAAGUCUACAAGCCACUCCUCAUUAACUUUUCAGCACAAACUACAGCAGCUCAGACACAGAAUAUUAUCAUGUCAAAGCUGGAUAAAAGGAGAAAAAGAGUUUUUGGACCUCCUGUUGGGAAAAGAAUGGUUGUGUUUGUAGAUGAUGUUAAUAUGCCAGCCCGAGAGGUCUAUGGUGCUCAACCUCCUGUUGAGUUGCUACGUCAGUGGUUAGAUCACUGGAACUGGUAUGACCUUAAAGACUCCUCAGUGAUUAAGCUGGUGGAUAUUCAGAUCAUCUGUGCCAUGGGACCCCCAGGUGGUGGUCGAAACCCAAUAACGCCACGAUUCUUGCGACACUUCAAUACAGUUACUAUUAAUGAGUUUGAUGAUAAAUCGAUGUAUACAAUCUUUUCUAGAAUCUUAAACUGGCAUCUGACUACAUGUUAUAACUUUCCAUCAGAGUAUGUAGACUUGACACCACAACUGAUUAAUGGAACUAUGUCUUUGUAUAAAGAAGCUAUGAAGAACCUGCUUCCUACCCCUGCCAAAUCUCACUAUUUGUUCAACCUCCGUGAUUUUUCACGUGUUAUUCAAGGAGUUUGCCUGUCGAGGCCUGAAACAACAGACUCUGUAGGAAUGAUAAAGCGUCUCUGGGUUCAUGAGGUUCUUAGAGUAUAUUAUGAUCGUUUGGUGGAUGGUCCUGAUCGGGCCUGGCUUGUUGGAUUUAUCCAAGAAGUAGUGAAAAGUUAUUUACAUGAAGACUUCCAUAAACUUUUCCAUAAUCUAGACUUCAAUCAUGAUGGAAGAGUGGAAGAAGAUGACUUACGUAGCCUUAUGUUUUGUGAUUUUCAUGACCCUAAGAGAGAUGACACUAACUACAGGGAGAUUAAUAAUGUGGAUCAACUGAGACUGGUCGUCGAGAGUCACCUGGAAGAGUUUAAUAACAUGAGCAAAAAACCAAUGCAGCUUGUUCUGUUUCGGUUUGCUAUAGAGCACAUCUGUAGAAUCUCGCGCAUCCUGAAACAGCCUCGAAGCCAUGCCCUCCUUGUUGGCGUCGGAGGCAGCGGUCGACAAUCUCUUACUCGAUUAGCAGCCCACAUGGCAGAUUACACCCUCUUCCAGGUGGAAAUAAGUAAAAGCUACGGUACCAGUGAGUGGCAUGAAGACAUAAAAAUCAUACUAAGAAAAUCUACUGAGGGGGAAAUGCAGGGAGUCUUCCUGUUCACAGAUACACAGAUAAAAAAGGAAUCCUUCUUGGAAGACAUUAACAACUUACUAAAUGCAGGUGAAGUUCCCAACCUCUUUGCAGUAGAUGAGAAGCAAGAAAUUUGUGAACGAAUGCGCCAAAUCGAUCGCCAGCGAGACAGGACCAAGCAGACUGAUGGCAGUCCUAUAGCUCUCUUCAACAUGUUCACUGAUCGCUGCAGAGAUCAGCUUCACGUAGUAUUGGCAGUGAGUCCCAUUGGAGACGCUUUCCGUAAUCGUCUUAGAAAAUUCCCAGCUCUUGUCAAUUGCUGCACACUAGACUGGUUCCAGACAUGGCCAGAAGAUGCGUUAGAAGCUGUUGCCUCUCGCUUCUUGCAAGAUAUUGAGAUGUCAGAAGAAACUCGGAGUGGCUGUAUCGAUAUGUGCAAAAGCUUUCAUACAUCUACCAUUGCUUUAUCUGACUUAUACCAUGCAGAGCUUCAACGACACAACUAUGUUACACCUACCUCAUACUUGGAACUGAUCUCCACUUUCAAAAUUCUCCUCGAGAAGAAGCGCGCUGAGGUGAUGAAAAUGAAAAGAAGAUACGAAGUUGGCUUGGAGAAACUGGACUCUGCAGCAUCUCAAGUAGCCUUGAUGCAAUCUGAGCUGGGAGCUCUGCAUCCUCAGUUGCAGGAAGCUAGCAAGCAGGUUGAUGAGAUGAUGGUGGUUAUUGAAAAAGAAUCCUUGGAAGUAGCCAAAACUGAAAAAAAUGUUAAAGCUGAUGAAAUGGUGGCAAAUGAGCAAGCCAUGGCUGCAAAAGCCAUCAAAGAUGAAUGUGAUGCUGACUUGGCUCAAGCCAUGCCCUGCUUAGAAAGUGCUCUGGCUGCCCUUGACACUCUCACUGCGCAGGAUAUUACAGUGGUUAAGUCCAUGAAGAGUCCUCCUGCUGGCGUCAAGCUUGUAAUGGAAGCUAUAUGCAUCCUUAAAGGCAUCAAAGCAGAUAAAAUUCCAGAUCCGACAGGUACUGGAAAGAAAAUUGAGGAUUUCUGGGGUCCAGCUAAGAGACUUCUGGGUGAUAUAAGAUUUCUUCAGUCUCUUCAUGAAUAUGACAAAGAUAACAUUCCUCCAGCUUACAUGGCUGUCAUAAGAAAGCAGUAUCUUACAAAUCCUGAGUUUGUUCCAGAGAAGAUCCGGAACGCUUCCACGGCAGCAGAGGGUCUGUGCAAAUGGGUCAUAGCCAUGGAGUUUUAUGAUACAGUGAUAAAAAAUGUUGCACCCAAAAAGCUAAAGUUGAAUCAAGCUGAAGGAAAAUUAAAGAUUGCUAUGGACGGCCUAAGAAAGAAGCAAGCAGCACUGAAGGAGGUUCAGGACAAACUGGCUGCACUCCAGCAGGCGCUGGAAUCCAAGAAACAGGAGAAAGCUGACUUGGAAAAUCAGGUUGACUUAUGCAGCAAAAAACUAGAGCGAGCAGAACAAUUGAUUGGAGGCCUUGGAGGUGAGAAAACUCGCUGGAGUGAGACUGCUUUGGAUCUGGGCAGGCAGUACAUCAAUUUGACUGGAGAUAUCCUGAUUUCAUCAGGAAUUGUGGCUUACCUAGGAGCCUUCACAUCCAGCUAUAGACAAAUGCAAACUAAAGAGUGGGCAUUACUAUGUAAGACAAAAGACAUUCCUUGUUCGGAUGAUUUUUCCUUAACCCAUACCUUGGGAGAAGCAGUGAAAAUCAGAGCUUGGAAUAUUGCUGGAUUACCCUCUGACACGUUUUCUAUCGAUAAUGGCAUCAUUACCUCUAAUGCAAGAAGAUGGCCUCUGAUGAUAGAUUCCCAGGGACAAGCAAAUAAAUGGAUAAAGAAUAUGGAAAAAGCCAAUAGCUUGCAUAUCAUCAAACUCAGCGACCCUGAAUUUGUAAGAACACUGGAAAACUGCAUUCAGUUUGGCACUCCUGUGCUCCUGGAGAAUGUUGGCGAAGAGCUGGAUCCUAUCCUGGAGCCCCUUCUGCUCAAGCAGACGUUCAAGCAGUCGGGCAGCGUGUGCAUCCGCCUCGGGGACUCCACCAUCGAGUACGCCCUGGACUUCCGCUUCUACAUCACCACCAAGCUGAGAAAUCCACACUACCUCCCUGAAACUUCGGUUAAGGUGACGUUACUGAAUUUCAUGAUAACUCCAGAAGGAAUGCAGGAUCAGCUGCUUGGAAUUGUAGUUGCAAGAGAAAGGCCAGAUCUUGAAGAAGAGAAACAAGCUCUCAUCUUACAAGGGGCUGAGAAUAAAAGACAGCUAAAAGAAAUAGAAGACAAGAUUUUAGAAGUUCUUUCAGCUUCAGAAGGAAAUAUUUUGGAGGAUGAAACUGCUAUUAAGAUAUUGUCUUCCUCUAAAGCUCUGGCUAAUGAGAUUUCUGAAAAGCAAGCUGUAGCUGAAGAGACAGAGAAGAAGAUUGACGCUACACGCUUGGGCUAUCGCCCCAUCGCUGUCCAUUCGUCUAUCUUGUUCUUCUCUAUUGCUGAUCUAGCCAACAUUGAGCCUAUGUACCAGUAUUCACUGAUGUGGUUUAUUAACCUUUUUGUCAUGUCUAUAGAUAAUUCAGAGAAAUCUGAAGUUUUACAAACCAGGUUGAAGAUUCUCAAGGAUCAUUUUACUUACUCGCUUUAUGUCAAUGUCUGUCGCUCACUCUUUGAAAAGGACAAGCUGCUCUUCUCUUUUUGUCUAACUGUGAAUCUCCUGAAAUAUGAAAGAUUGAUUGAUGAGAAUGAGUGGAAAUUUCUGUUGACUGGUGGGAUUGGUUUGGAUAAUCCCUUUUCCAAUCCCUGCACCUGGCUUCCUUCAAAGUCAUGGGAUGAAAUUUGCCGCCUGGAAGAUUUGCAACAUUUCAAAAACAUUCGUAAGGAUUUCAUGCAACUGAAGGAUGGAUGGAAAUUGGUGUAUGACAGCUUGGAUCCUCCGCAUGAAGAUUUUCCUGGGGAGUGGCAAAAGUUGGGGGAAUUCCAGAGGAUGCUCAUCAUUCGCUGCCUGAGGUCUGACAAAAUAAUACCAAUGGUGCAGGAAUUUAUCAUUCACAACCUGGGUCGUCCGUUCAUCGAGCCGCCUCCGUUCGACCUGUCCAAAGCAUUUGCCGAUAGUCACUCCUGUGCUCCCCUGAUAUUCGUGCUGUCUCCUGGGGCAGACCCCAUGGCUGCGCUCCUCAAGUUCGCUGACGAUCAGGGAUACGGUGGUGCAAAGCUCAGCUCCCUCUCGCUUGGUCAAGGCCAAGGCCCAAUAGCCAUGAAAAUGAUAGAGAAGGCAGUAAAAGAAGGGACGUGGAUAGUUCUGCAAAACUGCCAUCUGGCAACAUCAUGGAUGCCAAUACUGGAAAGAGUCUGUGAGGAGUUGAAUCCUGAUACGACCCAUCCCGAUUUCCGAAUCUGGCUCACCAGUUACCCAUCUCCGAAUUUCCCCGUGUCUGUGCUUCAGAACGGGGUGAAAAUGACUAACGAAGCACCAAAAGGUUUACGGGCGAAUAUAAUUCGUUCCUACCUGAUGGAUCCAAUUUCCGAUCCCGACUUUUUCUAAAGCUGCAGGAAGCCGGCCGAGUUCAAGACCCUGCUCUACGGCCUCUGCUUCUUCCACGCCCUGGUGCAGGAACGGCGCAAGUUCGGGCCGCUCGGCUGGAACAUCGCCUACGAGUUCAACGAGACGGACCUGCGCAUCAGCGUGCAGCAGCUGCAGCUCUUCCUCAACCAGUACGAGGAGCUGCCCUUCGACGCCCUUCGCUACAUGACGGGAGAGUGCAACUAUGGCGGGAGAGUCACUGACGACUGGGACCGGCGCACGCUCCGGAGCAUCCUGAACAAGUUCUACUCUGCAGAAAUCAUUACCAACGUGGAGUAUAAAUUUGACCCCAGUGGCCUUUACUUUGCACCUCCUGAAGGAGACUACCAAAGCUAUAUUGAAUAUACAAAGACCCUUCCGCUGAAUCCCUCCCCGGAGGUAUUUGGAAUGAAUGCCAACGCUGACAUUACAAAGGAUCAGUCAGAAACACAACUGUUAUUUGAUAACAUUCUUCUUACACAGUCUCGAGCAUCUGGCGCUGGUGCAAAAUCCACGGAUGAAAUUGUUUAUGAGGUUGCAGGAGACAUCCUGAGCAAGCUUCCUUCCAACUUUGACACUGAAGCAGCAAUGAGAAGAUAUCCAACCACUUACACUCAGAGCAUGAACACGGUGCUUGUCCAGGAGAUGGGCCGCUUUAACAAGUUACUGCAGACAAUACGCGACUCCUGUGCCAACAUCCAGAAAGCAAUAAAAGGACUAGUAGUGAUGUCUGCUGAACUGGAGGAAGUGGUAAACAGCAUUUUGAAAGGCAAAAUUCCAGGAUUAUGGAUGAGUAAGUCUUACCCAAGCCUCAAGCCUCUUGGCAGCUAUGUGAACGACUUCCUUAGUAGACUGAAGUUCUUACAGGAGUGGUAUGAAAACGGCACCCCACCAGUCUUCUGGAUUUCGGGGUUCUUCUUCACACAAGCCUUCCUAACAGGUGCUCAGCAGAACUAUGCCAGAAAAUACACUAUACCAAUAGACCUCCUAGACUUUGACUACGAAGUGCUGGACGAUGAGGAAUACAGGAAUGCUCCUGAGGAUGGGGUCUAUAUUCGAGGAUUGUUCUUGGAUGGAGCACGCUGGGACAGACAAACUAAGAAGCUAGGAGAAUCUCAUCCCAAAAUCCUCUAUGACACAGUGCCUGUGAUAUGGCUAAAGCCCUGCAAGAAGAUGGAGAUUCCGCAGCGACCAAGUUACCUGGCUCCUCUGUACAAGACCAGCGAGAGAAGAGGGGUCCUGUCAACUACAGGCCAUUCCACCAACUUCGUCAUCGCCAUGAUCCUGCCUUCGGACCAGCCGGAGGAGCACUGGAUCGGCCGGGGGGUGGCUCUCCUGUGCCAGCUGAACUCAUGA